AUGAAAGACUGACUAGUCAAAGUCACUUUACUUGUUUGUAGGCUUUGCAUUGCACCUACAUUUGCCUAUAAAGCAUUUGGCCUCUCCCCUGUUAAUAGUCAGCAAACAUUACAACCUUUGUUUUUGAAUCUAGGAGCAAAGAUGGUCUCUAACAAUCAACUCAUUCACCUUUUUUUGUUUCUUUGUUUUUUCCAGAUUACUUGUUUGCAUGCCCACCAACUGUGCACUCAAGAACAGAGCUCUGCAUUGCUCCAAUUUAAGCAACAAUUUUCCUUCAAUAAAUCUGCUUCCUACGAUUUCUGUGAUUAUUUCGGAAUCCAUUCUUACCCAAAGAUGGAGUCGUGGAAGGAGGGUUCUGAUUGUUGCUCAUGGGAUGGGGUCGAGUGUGACAACAACACAAGUCAAGUAAUUGGCCUCGACCUCAGUUGCAGCUGGCUCAACGGCACCAUCCACCCCAAUAGCACCAUCUUCUACAACUUUCCUCACCUCCAAAGCCUCAACCUUGCUUUCAAUGACUUUGGUAUGUCUCGAAUCUCAUCUGAAUUUAGUCGAUUCACCAGAUUGACACACCUCAACCUGUCUGCCUCUUUUUUUCUCUGCAAAGUCCCUAUAGAAGUCUCCUUUCUGGACAAAUUGGUCUCGCUUGAUCUCUCUUCCAAUUAUGGUUUGAGGUUGGAAGAACCUGGAUUUGAAUUACUUGUUCAAAACUUGACCAAUGUAAGAGAACUUAAUCUUGUAAGUGUAAACAUAUCUUCAGUGGUCUCGAAUUCCUUGCUCAAUCUCACUUCUUUAACACAUCUCGAUCUUAGUAUGUGUGGAUUGCUUGGAAAAUUUCCUGACGGAAUAUUCCAUUUACCACAUCUGAAUGAGCUGAUUAUAUGGGAUAAUCCUGCUCUCACUGGUUAUUUUCCAGAGUUUAUAAACUCGAGCAGUCCUCUCCAGUACUUUUUUCUUUCAUUCACUAAUUUCUCUGGAGAACUACCCGACUCAAUUGGGAAUUUGAAGUCCUUGAAAACGUUGGUUGCCUUUGAUUGUAAAUUUUAUGGAUCCAUCCCUACGUCGCUCGGAAACCUUACGGAAAUGACUGAUUUAGUCAUCGGACAUAACAAUUUCACUGGCAUGCUCCCAUCUUCACUUUCAAACCUUGGAAAUCUCGUCUACUUGGGAGUUCAAGGUAAUAAUUUUGAAGGCAAAAUCGCAGAUUUUUUACCUAAUGUAAAAAGUCUUCUUUGUUUAUCUGCUGAUUCAAAUAGCUUCAGCGGUCCAUUUCCAUCAUUGGGUGCAAACCUAACAAAACUUUUUCAGUUAGGUUUGUCGAAUAAUCAGCUAAGAGGACCUCUUCCAUCACAAAUAAUUGGACUUCCAAAUCUAGCGCUGUUAAGUUUAGAUGAUAACUUAAUCAAUGGUACAAUUCCAUCUUGGGUCUUCAGCUUACCAGCAUUGGAUUACUUCAACCUAAGUCAUAACAAAUUGACUGGCCAUGUAAAAGAGUUCAAAUCCACUCAUUUAACUAUUGUUGAUUUGAGCAAUAACAACCUACAUGGUAGGUUUCCAAGUUCAACCUUCAAACUCAUGAACCUUAAUAGUCUCAUUCUUUCAUCAAAUAACUUCAGUGGUGAGCUAGACAUGCUCUGUCAUGCAAUUUCCCUUCAAAUUCUUGUCAUAUCUAGUAAUAGCUUUAAUGGUUCUAUUCCACAAUGUUUAGGAAAUUUCAGCAUAUAUUUCUCUGUACUCGAUUUGCGGAAGAAUAAUUUUUCUGGCACUAUUCCUGAUACAUUUGCGAAGGAAAAUUCCUUUGAAACUAUCAACCUUGAUAGCAAUGGAUUUGAGGGGCCAGUACCAAAAUCUUUAGAGAAUUGCAAAAUGCUACAAGUGCUAGACCUUGGACAUAACAAGUUCUCCGAUAAAUUUCCAUGUUGGUUGGAAAAUUUAACUUCGCUACAAGUUCUAAUUUUGAGAUCUAACAAAUUCCAUGGACCUAUACCGAAUUCCAAGUUCAAAUUUCCCUUCCCCAACUUGCGAGUUAUGGAUUUAUCAAGCAAUUAUUUUACUGGUCCAUUGCCAAGAAAAUAUUUCAAGAAUCUCAAUGCUAUGAUGAAUGUCAACGAAGCUAGUUUUGAAUUGCAAUACUUAGGGAUGCCUAUUAAUUCAACUUCAGCAUAUUACUAUAAUGAUUGUUUGACUAUAGUAAUCAAGGGAUCAACAAUAGAAAUGGUAAAAGUCCUAACCAUUUUCACUGCAAUUGAUUUAUCGAAAAACAAUUUUGAAGGUCAUAUUCCACUUAUUAUUGGAAGGUUAAAUUCAAUCCGAGGGCUCAACUUGUCUCACAAUAGCCUUACUGGUCAUAUACCAGCAUCUCUUGCUAAUUUGAUGAUGCUCGAAUGGUUAGACCUCUCUUCCAACAAACUCACUGGGGAGAUCCCUCAACAACUAAGUAAUUUGAAAUUCCUUGAAGUCUUAAACCUUUCGCGGAAUCAACUAAUAGGACCGAUACCACAAGGCAACCAAUUUGAUACAUUUUUAAAUGGUUCAUACAUUGACAACUUGGCAUUAUGUGGACCUCCAUUGUUAAAUGCAUGCAAUCCAAGGACACCACAACCACCACCCUUGAUGUUUCAACAAGAAGACAAUACUUCAAGUGGACUCAAUUGGGAAGUCAUAUUACCAGGUUAUAUAUGUGGGCUCGUGUGGGGACUUGUUAUGGGAUAUUUUAUGUUCUCUAGAGGAAAACCUCAAUGGCUUGUGAGGAUCAUUGAAGGUGAACGAAAGAAAAGCGGAAAGAGAUUUAAAAAGCAUUCUCACAGGAAUAGAGCAAGGUGAAAUUAACCAAUGCAAGUGGUGUCCUUUGUUGCGAUGCAUUUCAAUUUGAUCUAGGCGGCGCAGCUUUCGAAGUCAUGGUGAAUUGUGGUCAAGCUGAUGUAUUAUGCAAUGCUGGGCAGUUGAAGAUAUAGUAUCAAAGGUUAGAAUGUAUACGUAUAUAUAUAUAUAUAUAUAUAUAUAUUAGUAGGUGUGUGUCUAUCGAUGAGUGUGCUGUUAAAUCUGUAAAAUAUAAAUUUUAAUUUUGAUUUUAAAAAAAAUAUGUUAUGUGCUGCUCAAGUAGCAAUGAUGUUUCUCAUAUUGAAGAUUU